GUGGGAGAUCAAAUGAAGCUGCUCCAUAACUGCUGGUCUGAACUUCUGGUCCUCGAUCACAUUUUCAGACAAGUGCAACAUGGACAGGAAGACAGCAUCCUGCUGGUGACCGGCCAGGAGGUGGAGCUGUCGUUCGUCCUGUCCCAGGCGGAGGCCACGCUGUCGGGGCUGGUGCAGCGGGGGCAGGAGCUGGUGGCCCGGCUGAGGGCCCUGCAGUUGGACCGCAGAGAGACCGCCUGCAUGAAGUUCCUGCUCCUCUUCAACCCCAAUGUCAAGCUGCUGGAGGACCAGGCCUUCGUGGAGGGGGUGCAGGAGCAGGUGAACGGGGCUCUGCUGGAGUACGCCCUGUCCACCUACCCUCAGUUCCAGGAGAAGUUCAGCCAGCUGGUGGUGCGUCUGCCGGAGCUGCGUGGCCUCAGCACGCAGGCUGAGGACUACCUGUGCUACAUGCACCUGAGCGGAGAGGUGCCCUGCAACAACCUGCUAAUCGAGAUGCUGCACGCCAAGAGAGCCUGUGUGUGAGGGACACACACGUUCCUCCGUCAUGUGUUGUUUGUAUAGGUGAGAGUGUGUGUGUGGCAGGGAAAGUGUGUGUGAGAGGAAACAAUCAGAUGAAGAUAGACAGGCUAUGUUGGGCCAUCUUUGUGAGGCCUUUUGUUUGAGCUGGAGAGGAGAACAUGUUCUUUGGUGUUUGGAAUUAUAAAGCUCCAUCCAUACUCAAGGUCGUUUGCAUAUUUUGAAUGUUAACGUUUCAUAUCCUGCAGAGCUACAUUCCUUUAUAAACUGGAUUUUCUACCCUGUUUUCAAAAAUCUAAAAUUAGAACUGCCUUUAAAGUUAUAUUCAAUGACAAAAUAUCACAUCCAGCAUCAGAACACAGAUUUUCUACGUUCCGCAGAGCUGCCCAGCAAAUAUUCAGACUCAAUCAAAUAAUGCUAAACACUCAUGAAGACAUAGUGUCCAGAUAUCUGUCUAUCAUUCUAAAACAUCCACAUCGUC